AGUACAAGUAUGUUGCUUUGCUUACCAAUUUGUGUGUAGAAUGUUUCCCCAUAAAUAUAUAUCAGUGGGAAGGAAGCUAACUGACUUUACCCGCCACCAUUCUCUUUCUCCCACUCUCCUGCCCCCCUUCAUGGCUGCCGAUUCGAGAAAGAGCGUCUCCGAGAUGUUGAUCUCCAAAAGGCCCAGGAAGAAUCGAAAUCAUCUUAAUGGAAAUGGAAAUGGAAGUACGGAUCUGAUCGUCGGUAAUGUUUCUGAUACAAGUCCGAUCUUCAUUAAACCUAAAACAGAGCCAGCAACUGUGCAGGUAAUGGAAGCCAGAAAAGUUCCGGUUCUGUAUUACCUCACACGGAAUGGUCACCUUGAACAUCCUCAUCUCAUCGAUGUUUCUCUCUCUUCUCCUCAUGGUCUCUAUCUCAGAGAUGUUUUGAAUACCUUGAAUUAUCACAGAGGAAAAGGAAUGGCGAACAUGUACUCCUGGUCUUUCAAACGGAGCUACAAGAGCGGAUAUGUAUGGUACGAUCUAUCGGAAGACGAUUUGGUUGAAGCGACAAAUGGUCAUGAUUACGUUCUUAAAGGAUCAGAGCUUCUCGAAACACACGAGUCUCUAAUUCCGACGGAGGCGAACCAUAAUUGUAGCUCUACAAUAACUCCGGCGGCCGCCAUGAUCAGACAACGGAAUCAAUCAUGGAGUUCGUUCGACAAUCCGCAAGAAUACAUGGUUGUGAAAUGCGAAUCCAGCAGAGAACUUGCGGCAAGGUUCGCGGCGGAUGCAGCGACACAGACAGAAGAGCAAAGGAGACGACGUAGUUUCGAAGGAGAAAGGAAGGAGCAGGUGAGUAGAGAAGAGAUACCGUCUCCACCGCCUUCAAAUUCGAGCUCGGAGGUGUCGGAGGGAGCGAAAUACGUGGAUCAGACGGUGAACGUGAGAGAUGAAGAUCCAACGGCUGAAGGUAGUGGAAGGAUGAAAGCUUCUCAGAUUGUGAUGCAGCUGAUCUCAUGUGGGGCCACUUCUCGGUUAAAGGGUGAGAAGCAACAGCAAGCACCAUAGCACCGAAUCAAUAAAUGUCAAGUACUAGCAUGUCGCCAUGUAGUGUUUAUAUGAUGAAAAUUGCUAUUUUGUCGCCAUCUACUGUUUAUAUGAUGGAAAAUUACUAUUUUGUCACAUGUGGUUUUAAU